GUGCCGAGUGCGAGCCGAGCGAGGCCGAACGAGGCCGAGCGGAGCCAAGCGGAGCCGCGUGAGAGCCGAGCGGAGCCGAACGAGGCCAAGCGGAGCCGAGUGAGAGCCGAACGAGGCCGAGCGGAGCCGAGUGAGAGCCGAACGAGGCCGAGCGGGGCCCGAACCGAGCAGGACCCCCGGGGACUCACCGGAACCCACCUGGACCCACCGGGGCCGAGCAGCGCCGCGAUGUGCGACGUGGAGGGUGGCGGUGGCGGCUGCGGGGCGGACGCGGAACCGCCGCGGCGCCGCCGCGCACCGGCAGACAGCCAGCCCCGAACGUGCAUGAAGUGCGGGCAGAGCACGGCCGCGCUCGUCAUCCGCGUCGGGGACCCGUUCUGCCGUGGCUGCUUCCGGGAGUACUUCGUGCACAAGUUCCGUGCCAUGCUGGGCAAGAACCGCGUCAUCUUCCCAGGAGAGAAGGUGCUGCUGGCAGUGUCGGGGGGCCCGGCCUCCAGCGCCAUGGUCAGGCAGGUGCAGGAGGGACUCAGCCGGGAGGCGGCCAAGAGGCUCCGCUUCAUCCCCGGCCUCGUCUACGUUGAGGAGGGAGCCGUGCGCAGGCAGAGCCCAGAGCAGCGGCAGCAGACCCUGGCCCAGAUGGAGACCCUGCUGCAGGCCACUGGCUUCCCCUACCACCUGAUCCACCUGGAGGAGGCGCUGGAGCUGCCCCCAUCCAUCUUACAGCCAGGGCCGGAGCGCGCCAGCACAUCCAGCCCAUCUGGCCCUUCCUACAAGGAGGCUGUGGACAGCUUCAUCCAGCAGCAGCGGCAGGAUGGGGACAGUGGCACCUCUCUGCCUGGUCACAGCACCCCGGACACGCCAGCAGGAGCCACCCCCUGCCUGCCGGACGCUGCCCAAACCCAGGAGCUGCUCCGCAGCUUCGAGGCCGCGGCGACAGCGACGGCGCGGGAGGAGCUGCUGGAGAUGCUGCGGACCCACCUGAUCGUGCAGACAGCCCGGGACAAGGGCUAUGCCAAGGUGAUGAUGGGCGAGAGCCUCACACGCGUGGCCAUCAAGCUCCUUACCAACCUCUCCCUGGGGCGCGGUGCCUACCUCGCCGUGGACACGGGCUUCACAGACCAGCGGCAUGGCGACGUGAUGGUGGUGAGACCCAUGCGGGACUACACGGCCAAGGAGAUCGCCUUCUACAACCGCUUCUUCAGCGUCCCCACCGUCACUGUGCCACCCCUCUUCACCAAGCGCCGGGAGAAGCUCAGCAUCCACCAGCUGGUCGAGCGCUUCCUGCUGGGGCUGCAGGAGGAGUUCCCCUCCACCAUCAGCACUGUGUACCGGACUGGGGAGAAGCUGAGCCCAGAGCCGGCCAAGGCCAGCAGCGAGUCACAGCGCUGCCUCCUCUGCCUCUGUGGCUUGGACACCUUUGGGGAGGAGGAGCUGGCUCUGGAGCCCACGCUGAUCUGGGAGGAGCCAGUAGCAGGGGUUGAAAGCAAAGCUGCCUACAUCCCCCUGCUGUGCUACAGCUGCCGCCUCACCUUCAAGGAGCUGGGUCCCCUUGACACGCUGCCACCCUACGUGCGCGCCGAGGGCCAGCGCAGGAUCCGCAGAGCUGAGAUGGAGCAGAACCAGGAGACCCAGGAGUCCAGUGAGAGCUGAAGGGGUUGUGGACAGCGGGGGACACGUCCCCAUCCCACUGCUGGGGCACUGCCACUCCUCAGGGCUACAUUCCUGACACCCAGGCAGCUGCUUUUAUACCCCAUUUCUGUGCCAGCCAGGGGCAGGGAGAGCCCUCAUCCCCAUUUAUUGGAGGUUGGGGGGCAGGUCCCUGGUCCCCCCCACCUCCCUGCCCCAGCUGCCUGUGAGCCAGGGAGGCCUCAAGUUUGUUUUAUUCGGUAUCUGUAUAAAUAAAACAUUUGAAUUAUUAAAAAAAAAAAAAAAAAAAA